AUGAGAAAUAAAGGAACUCAUGAAGUGUUAAGAGUUUUACAAAAGUUUGUAGCAGAACAUAGCCCAAGUAUUUUAACAUCAGACCAAGACGGUGCAUACCUCAGCAACGAAAUCACAGAAUUUCUCAUUAAGCAUAACAUAACUCACUACACUACUGAAGACCAUAACCAUAACAUACUCGGUAUCAUUAACCGCUUCAUAAGGACUCUCAGAGAUUUAAAUCAAGAGCGAGACUUUACCGAAGAAACAAUGAAACAUUUUCUCGAAGUAUAUAAUUCCUCAACACAUUCUACAACAGGACAUACACCAAAUUCAAUGACACAACAACAAGAAGAAAAGUAUAUACAAAAGAAACGAAGCCAAACACAAAAUAUCAGAAAUUCAACACAAUUUACUCUCAUUCCUGGUACAAAAGUUCGUGUAGUUCUUGACGACAAACCAUUGACAAAGAAACGUUUAAGGUUAAGUCGAAAUUAUUAUAUCGUAGACUCUACGCAAGGUAAUGGAUAUCUUAUAAAAGCUGCUGACGACUCCAUAGCAUUUUACCCUCGACAUAAAUUAGUCGAAAGUAGUAAUGGCAAACUUGCUGAAACCAUUGACGAAGCAAAGCGAGGAGUGGUUAUUGAAAUACUUGACUACAACAUAAACGAUGACACUUAUAAAGUAAGAUAUGAAGGAGGCGUUGAAGAUGUUAUACCAUCUAAGAACUUGAGAGAAUCUAAACCAACUCAUCUGGGACCAUUAGAGCGGGAGUACUGGAAAGAUAAAAACAUGCCAGAAAGAAUAAGAAAAUUCUUCUAA